AUGAAGGAGGAUGACGCCAACUGGCCCCCGGCGGACCGCGUCGGCAAGCAGGAGCUGGAGAUCAAGCUUGGCGGUGAGCACAUCUGCUUCAACACCACCAAGCUGGGCAGCGUGCUGCAGGUGCAGCAGAGCAAGGACCCCGACGGGCUGCGCAUCUUUUACUACCUCGUGCAGGACAUCAAGUGCUUCGUGUUCUCGUUGAUAGCAGCUCACUUCAAGAUCCAGCCCAUCCAGAAGUGA